CCGGCUGCACGUGGCUGGCAGCAGCUGCCGCGGGCUGGGCCGGCUGGAGCCGCACGAAGCGUUUCGUCCAUUUCCGCCCCGCAGCCCGCGAGCCCGAGACGAGCCGCCCCGGCGGGCCGGGCAAAGCAGCCGAGCUCGCCCCGGAGCAGCCAUGAGCCGCAGGGUGGUGCGCCAGAGUAAGUUCCGGCACGUCUUCGGGCAGCCGGUGAAGGCCGACCAGAUGUACGAGGACAUCCGGGUGUCCAAGGUGACGUGGGACAGCUCCUUCUGCGCCGUCAACCCCAAGUUCGUGGCCAUCAUCGUGGAGUCCGGCGGCGGAGGGGCCUUCAUGGUGCUGCCCUUGGCCAAGACAGGGCGUGUGGAUAAGAACCAUCCCCUGGUGACCGGGCACACGGCGCCCGUGCUGGACAUCGACUGGUGCCCUCACAACGACAACGUCAUUGCCAGCGCCUCCGAGGACACCACGGUCAUGGUCUGGCAGAUCCCCGACUACGUGCCCACGCGGAACAUCACGGAGCCCAUCGUCACCCUGGAGGGGCACUCCAAGAGAGUGGGCAUCAUCACAUGGCACCCCACGGCUCGGAAUGUGCUGCUCAGCGCAGGCGGAGACAACCUGCUGAUCCUGUGGAACGUGGGCACGGGCGAGAUGCUGCUGACCCUGGACAACAUGCACAGCGACCUCAUCUACAACGUGUGCUGGAACCGCACCGGCAGCCUGCUCGUCACCACCUGCAAGGACAAGCACGUGCGCGUCAUCGACCCCCGCAAGCAGCAGGUGGUGGCGGAGAAAGUCAAGCCGCAUGAAGGCGCCCGCCCCAUCAGAGCCAUCUUCAUGGCUGAUGGCAAGAUCUUCACCACGGGCUUCAGCAAGAUGAGUGAGCGGCAGCUGGCGCUCUGGGACCUGGAGAACUUUGAGGAGCCAAUUGCACUGCAGGAGAUGGACACCAGCAAUGGGGUGCUGCUCCCCUUCUACGACCCUGACUCCAGUAUCGUCUACCUGUGCGGCAAGGGCGACAGCAGCAUCCGCUACUUCGAGAUCACAGCCGAGGCGCCCUACGUGCACUACCUGAGCACCUAUAGCAGCAAGGAGCCGCAGCGCGGCAUGGGCUUCAUGCCAAAGCGGGGUCUGGACGUCAGCAAGUGUGAGAUUGCCAGGUUCUUCAAGCUGCAUGAGCGGAAGUGCGAGCCCAUCGUCAUGACAGUGCCGCGGAAAUCAGACCUGUUCCAGGACGACCUGUACCCCGACACGCCCGGCCCCGAGCCGGCUCUGGAGGCGGCCGAGUGGCUGGCGGGGCAGGACGCGGAGCCCGUCCUCGUCUCGCUGCGGGACGGCUAUGUGCCCGUCAAGAACCGCGAGCUCAAGGUCACCAGGAAGAACAUCCUGGACAACAAACCUCCCGUGGGGCCGCGCCGCAGCCACUCCACGUGUGAUGCCAAUUUCUCGCGGCCCAGCCUGGAGGAUCUGCUGGAGGAGAUCCGAUCCCUGCGACAGACCGUCCAAGCGCAGGAGAAGCGCAUCUCUGACCUGGAGAACAAACUCUGCAAAUUCACCAACGGCACGGCCUAGCGGCCCCCACGCCACCACUCCCGGCGGAUUGAAAGGAUUAAAUCCAACCCCCCAGGGGAGGAGCUGGGAGACGUGUUUUUGACCCUGGCCCCGGAGCUGCGGGCAGACCUCAGCCCGACGCCAUGGGCAGUCUGCAGAGGUGGAUUGCUCGGCUCUAGGGGCUGCUCCCUGGGGCCUUGCUGGCGAGAGACACCGACCCCCGUCUCCAUCCCCGCCCUGGGGCUGAGUGUGGGGAAGCCUCCUGCUGGGCUGGGGCUGGGGUGGGGAUGGGGGGCAGAGGGGAGGGACCCCAUGCUGCGGGGAGGGGGAGGUAUUUGUUUGGAAGGUUCCUGGCUGCCCGCCUUGAGCUGCUGCUGUCUCUGCCCCGUCCCCAGCCAGGUCCAGGUGAUGGCAGUGGGUGGUUACGUGGGUCAGAGAGAUGGGGGUCUGUGGCUAGCACAGCAGAGCCCAGCCUUCUGAGGCAACGUAUUUAUGGGCAAACCCUCAUCCCUUGCACUGUGGGGGCUUGCUGGGCCCUGCCUGCCCCUCCUCCGCCAGGCCCCCUGCCUGUCCGGCCCCCUGCCUGCUGCCUGGCCCUCCCCGGCCAGGCCCCCAUCCCCUCGGCCCCCUGCCCUGCCCUCUUCUGCCUGGUCCUCCACCCCCAGGCCCUGGGCCCCCUGGCAUUGAUUGUCCUGGGGAGCUGGUCGGUAGCCCAGAGGCCUGUUUGCGGUGAGCCCCCAUCUUCCCACUCGGCCCCACUGCCCGGGCCGUGUGCAGGGGGGACUCACGCCAGGCCAUGGGCACCGCGUGGGACAGGAGCCCAGGCUGGGCGAGGGCUAUGUCCAGGCAGUUGGCAUGAGGGCCCUGAGGAAGGGCUGGGAGCCCUGGCAGCCAGCCCCUCCCAGCGCACACUGAAUGGUUGGGGUGCCAGGCCAAGGCUGGGCUCUUGAGAGGGCAUCGCUCAGGCCUGCUUCCCCCCCCCCCCCCAGCCAUGGACAGGCAGGCACUGAGCUGGGAGCCCUCAAAGCAGAAGGGGCAGAAAGCCCCCCCAGCCCAGCCUGCCCCAUCCAUGCAGGGCACCUGGGGGGCUGCACUCUGCCCAGCCCUGCCAGUGAUGUGUGUGGGGGUCAGCCCGGGUGCCCCUGAGCAGCAGCCUGGCCUGGGGACUCCGCUCUCCCCGCAGCCGGGGCAGGCCUGCUACAGAACCAGGCUUGUGGUGGUGCUGGGGGCUGGGUGUCGCCUGCAGGUUCCUGGCCCCCUGGUGUUGUACCCGUCCCUGAGCAAUAAACGGCUGCAUUCUCCGA